AACUAGUAAUUAAUUAAAAUAAAACUAGCUAUAAAUACACCGACAGUCAACUUUCUGCCAAUUAACAAAUGAACGUUAUAAUAAGGUAUAAAACUUUACGAUGAAUUUUACAUUUUUAUGUUGAAGAGGUUUUUCUUUUUUCUUUUUUCUAUUUUUUAAAAUUUUUACAACACAACCACGUAUACCACCUAAUUAUGUUGCUGCAGCAUUAAGUGUUAAAGACAUAUUAUGAAUAUUUAAACCAACGUUAGCAGCAAUAUUUUUGCUUGGCUGCUUCUCACCCCCUCCCCACCCCAUCCAAGAAGCGAACAAGUUUAGUGUGUUAUGUACCAUACAUUCAGGAGAAUGAUAAACUAUUACAUAAUUUGCUGAAACACGUAUCAGCAUUUUGCUAUUAACUGCACUAAUUAUAAUUGCUAUGAUAUUGCGUCAUUAGGUCUAUAAGAGGCCCUGGUCAUUGGUUCUAUAGGUACUAAUAUUUUGGCAUUGGUCCCUGGUUUAAAGUUCAUAGUAAACUAAUAUUUAUAUAAGAAAUUUACUGUUUGACUUGGAUGCAGUAACAGCAGCGGAUGUGUAUUCAACAACAUGUGACCAUUAUCAGUUUAAAAUAAGAUAAAUAGAGAAAGAAAACGUCAUACAGUGAUUAAUCAACUGUGAACUGAUGGAUCUGCAAUAAUGGAAUUAUUUGGUCCCAUUUGAUGGCCAGAAGGACUUAAGCUUGCUUGGUCAACGGGUAGUAUGUAUCACGGCGAAAAGUACCCGAUCCUAGGAUUAAAAGAUAAACGCACCUCAAAAUCCGCAUCAAGCCUCGGAAGUGCAACAGAAUCCUAUGGAGUGUCCGGCUACAAAAGUUUAUCAAUGAGUGAGACACGAACAUUGUCGAAUGUUUCCGACAUGGAAUUUAGUCAAGAACUGGCAUUCGGGGAAGAUAAUGACAUAAGUAGACAUAGCCAGGAUAGUCAGUCGAUAGAUUCGUAUUCAGAGCAAGUUAACAACGGGGAAGCAUUACAAGCUUGUAAAAAUUCUGUUAUUCAACCAUACCAAAAACUACUGACCAUCCUUGGGUGGCGACCAAUAUUCACUGCGGUGCCUUAUCACAACCAACCAUCAAGAUGUGUGCGCCCCAUCAACUUUUUCUAUCCGAUGUUAGUCUUCUGUGUCAUAAUUCUGAGCUUCCUUCUCCAGUUUGCUUCAUGCUAUCGUGUCAAUAUAAAUAUCCCUCAACAAAGAAACGCGUCAUCAAUGCGUCACAAUUUCUUAGACUGUCAAGAGUUUAUGAUCAGUCAGUAUAUAAUCCCAGAUGUACUGCAGUUAACAGCUUACGUUUACGCAUAUUAUAUCUACAAAGUAUGGGACAAGGAACAGCUUCAGACGCUCAUUGAACGAGUUUUCUUAAAGAGCGGUUCCAAUAAGUGUGGCCUUUCUCCACGACAAUUAGCCAAAACUAUGAAAGCAUUUGUGGUACUAGGAUUUUUUUGGAUCGUCUGCGCCAUCAGUGUGCAGAUCUUACACGUGAUUUCUCAAGAACAGAUGUCAUUUACAUUCCUUCAUGUCAGCUCUAAUGCUCAGUACUAUACUCUUGUGAUUCUCAUGUUACUGGGAUGUGUUAUUCUCGAUACUGUAUACGUCACCGCAAUAAUCGACUACGUCACACAGUGUCAACUCUUAAUAUAUUUACUACAAGGUUUAUGUGACCGUGUAAGAGAGAGAACUAUAGAUUUAGAAGAAGCCAUUAAAGAUAUUCAAGAAGCAGAGACGCUAUCCCGAAUAGUCAAUUAUCGCAUUGCGUCAUGCAUAUCAUUACUUUUAUUCAAUUUGGGUUUAAUGGCUGUACUCGACUGUGUUGCGUUUGCUGACGGUAGGUUGUUAAAUUUUACAACGUUAAUGUACAUGGCUAGCCUUUGUGGUGCAGUGGUUUGGAUUUGUAUUUCCGGAACUCCGUUCAUACAGGCUGCUCGGCUUAACUCGGCAUGUCGGGCAGUGCUGACACUGGGGCACGAGAUACGCUCGAGACCGUUCGGCUUUCAAGAUACACAAACGGGAGCUCUCGAUUCAUUCCUUUUAUUUACAUCCACUAUCACGUUUAAGGCUAAACUGUUCCGAACAACAGUGAACUCGUCGUUUCUGUGCGUUUCUUUUACUAUAAUAUCGUUUACAUUACUCUUCCUCUUCCAAUUGGAAUUCUUUCAAGUUUGGAACUGAUCAUCAAGUUAGACAAUAAUGUUAAUUUGGAUUACAUUAUUUAAUGAUGACGGUAUGUUCCGUUUGCUAGUGACAGUGCAACAUUAGUAAUUCAUUGCGCACACUCAUUGAUGACAUCACGUCAUGUGUUGAUAAGAGUGGUGGAUAUAUAUAAGUAUAAUGACUUUUAUGUGCCUUCACAGUCGGAUAUUUUUAAGGACAGAAAUAAAGAAAAGAACAGACUGAAAGAAAGAGAGAAAAGAGCAAAAAAAAAAAAAGAAGCAAAAUAGAAUCUAUGAAAGACAUCAUCUGCCUUCUUUUUAGGGUUGUGCAGACUUUAUGAUGAUGUGACUAUGUGUUGCACAAGGGCAUACUGUAGUAUGUUGGGCGUUUUAUUGAGGACAAAUGUUGUCCAUUCAUCGACAUCGACUUGUUGAGCAUUAAAAUGAUGACCCCAAUAAACCUUACUAUCUUUAAUAUUUUUGCCAAAAUUGUAACACGAAAUAAUUAGAAUCCAUGCUCAUGGAUAAAUCAUGGAACAUUAAGAUACCUACAAUUUCUUUGUAUACAUGUCGAUAUGCCUCUAUUUGGAAAUAAAUCGUGUGUAUUGUAGCUACUAGGGAUGGCAGUUUUUUUACAACACAAAAGUACUUUGUAGUUUUGUUAAAACUUUGAGAGUCAAACGUACGUAUGAGAGGCUCGUUCAAUGGUCAGUGAAUAAUAAAGCUGCACACUGCCUUUCAGCCAAUUACAGAGAGAAACGCUCAGGUUAUUUAUCUUAAAUUUAGUUUAACAGCAAGUGCAUCCCAUUUUAAUAGACCUUCCAGAGUGCCAAUCAAACUUGACCAACCAGAACAGUCAGGAAUAUGCGCGUGUCUAACAAACACAUAUGUUGUCCUACAAAUGCAAUGUUUGCGUAUGUGAACCACUAUCUCUAUACAUGUAUAUUAAGGGACCUCCUGACCAACAAAAUUCAAGAGGUGGAGCUUAGUGGCAAGGGCCAUUAGGAAUACUGUAUUCUUUUAAAUAUUGCAUAUUUUAUGUUGAAAAAAAUAAAUAAAUAAAAAAUCUGA